AUGCUGGCAUGGCAGGACGGCGGGGCCAAGGCGGCUCCCUCCCACCGCAGGAUCUCCUUCUCCGUCCUGGACAUCCUGGACCCUCAGAAAUUCACCCGCGCGGCGCUCCCGGCCCUGCGCCCCGCUCCUCGGGAAGCCAAGAAAAGUUUGGCGGAGGCCGAAGCGGGGAAGGACGCCAACUCGGGGGACCAGGCCCGCCAACCGGAGACCCCUGAUGCUGCGGGCCUAGGCGCGGGGGCGGCGUCCCCUCUGGAGGGCUCCGAGGCAGAGGAGGCGGAGGAGGAGGAGGACACGGAGGACGCGGGAAGGCGUUCGCGACCGGAGCGGGCUGCGUGCCUGCAGGCGGGCCCGCCGCUCUCCCCGGAGACACGGGCGGCGGGGGAGCGCGGCGCGGGCGGCCUGGCGGGCUCCCCGGGCUCGCCGGGCUCCCCGCGGCCCCGGCGCCGACGCUCGGAGCCCAGCUGCGCCAAGCCGAGGCGCGCGCGCACCGCUUUCACCUACGAGCAGUUGGUGGCCUUGGAGAACAAGUUCCGCACCACGCGCUACCUGUCUGUGUGCGAGCGCCUGAACCUCGCGCUGUCGCUUAGCCUCACUGAAACGCAGGUCAAAAUUUGGUUCCAGAACCGCAGGACCAAGUGGAAGAAGCAGAACCCGGGCGCAGACGGCACCGCGCAGGCAGCGGGCAGCGCGCCCCAGCCCGGGGCUCCCGGGGUGGCAGCGUCGAGCGGUGGCGGCAGCACUGGGGGCAGCCCGGGGCCCCCAGGCCCCAGCCCACUGCCCUUCCAGACUUUUCCCUCCUACUCCGCGGCCAACGUCCUCUUCCCGGCCGCCUCCUCCUUCCCGCUGACAGCCGUCGCAGCAGCCGGAGGCUCCUUCGCUCCCUUCCUUGGUCCUUCCUACCUGACCCCUUUCUACGCCCCUCAUCUAUGA